CGCUCCAUGUUACAUAAGCGCGGGGAUCGGUUAGCGCUGGCUCUGUCUGUGGCGGCCCCGCCGGUGCCCGGGCCGGGAUGGGGCCGCCGGGCGGGCAAGAGGGUGGCCGCAGGCGGCGGAGGCGGCGGUGGGGGGAAGCUGCCGUGGCGGAGAGCAACGCGGACUGGAUGGGCUUGCUGCCGGCUGCCCUGUGCGCCUACCCGCUGGCCCACCUGGCCAUCCCAGGGUCACAUGAUUCUUUCAGCUACUGGGUUGAUGAGAAAUCUCCUGUGGGACCAGACCAAGCCACAGCCAUCAAACGUUUGGCCAGAAUUUCUUUGGUUAAAAAGAUCAUGAAGAAAUGGUCAGUGACUCAAAAUCUGACUUUCAAAGAGCAGUUGGAAGGUGGGAUCCGCUACUUUGAUCUUCGUGUAUCUUCUAAACCUGGGGAAGUAGGACAAGAGAUUUACUUCAUACAUGGCUUAUUUGGCAUCAAAGUAUGGGAUGGGCUGAAGGAGAUUAACAACUUUCUUGAGCAGCAUCCCAAGGAAGUAGUCUUCUUGGAUUUCAAUCACUUCUACGCCAUGGACAACAGCCAUCACUGCUACUUGAUCAACAGAAUCCACUCAGCAUUCGGAUCCAAACUUUGUUCUGUUGAAUGUGUAGAAUAUGUGACAUUACAGUACAUGUGGGAGAAGAAACACCAGGUUCUUAUAUUCUACCACUACCCUUUGUGUGAGGAAUACUCCUUUCUGUGGCCAGGGAAUAAAAUGCCGGCACCGUGGGCUAAUACAACCAACGUGCACAAACUGUUACAGUUCUUGGAGACCACUCUUGAGGAACGAAGUCGUUAUGGGACUUUUCAUGUUUCUCAAGCAAUUCUCACACCUCGAGUGAAAACUAUUGCACGGCAUCUAAUUCGUGGUCUGAAAAACACACUCGUUCACAGGAACCUGCCCAUGAUUUUGAAUUGGGUGAAAGCACAGAAGCCAGGCAUUAUGGGUGUUAACAUAAUUACAUCAGACUUUGUGGAGCUGGUUGACUUUGCUGCUACAGUUAUUGCACUGAACGAUCUCCUUUUAGAAGAUGAUGAAUCUUCAAUUAAGUCCUGAUUGCUGUGUCCUGCUUGUGCUCCUCAGUAGACAUCUUCGAACUGUGAAAUGUUUUAUUUAUUAAGUGAAACAUACUGUAAUCUCUGUUUAUUUAAAAAAAAAUAUUUCUAGACAAAACGUGAUUAAACAUCACAUACAGGCAGGGCCCUUCUCCCAGGGAUGUUUGGAUCUGAGUGGAACAAAGUGCAGUCUGAGUGCUGCUGCAUGGCUGUGGCUACGUGUUUGAGUAAGUUAUGCACACAUCUGCUGCAGUCUGGUGCGGUGUCUGCCUGCCAACAAGAGACUGGCCUCCAGAGCAGAUGUACCCAAUUAUGGUGCGUGUCUCCCUGGUGACCAGACUCACGGUGCCCUUGUGUGCACAUCCUGCUUAUAUCUCAACUCCAGGGCUUAAACCAAGGGUUGCUGCUGAUCCCUUAGCGGCAGUGUGACCAAGCCAGUUGAGACAGUAUUGGUUUUGAGCCACCUCAGGCAUAGCUGGGCUCAGCUGGAGGCUGCUGCUGUAUUAAUUGCACUGCUUUAGACACUACCUGACUUACUUGAAGAAACAAUAUUGCUGUUGUUCAGGGGAGAAGCUGUUGCACAGUGUUGGAUAUCCAAACUGUCCUUUGAUCCUGAGAGGUGAAGGCUUGGAAUGCUCUGCCUCUUUGGACUUCAAGCUCUUCUGCUGGACCUUUUUAUUUUACUCUAAUACAUUUACUGCCAUGAUGUUUAAGUGUGUUUCUUUGUCAUUAAUUUGGAGAAUCUUUCAGUCCUCAAAAUAUGAGGAUUAAAACUCACAAGUCUGAAUUCCUGUUGAGCCAUUUGAGAAACCACAGCUCCUCUGUUUGCUGGGCAUUUGUUUUUUCCGUCCUUUAAGUUUUCUUUGGGGAAAGUCUCUCACCCAGAUGGCCUUUCUCUGGAAGGAGGUGGACUAAGUGGGAGUUUGCUUUGAAUUCAAAGAACUGAAGCUGGCAGGGACAGCUUAAAACCCAAGUAUUUAUUCUUUGAUUUUCAAUGUGACAGUAAAUUCCAAAAUCUGAUGCAAAAGUUGUGGUUGUCAGAGAGCCACAGCUCUGGGGGAGAAACUUCCCCAGCCUGCACCUUCUUGUGACAAAGUAAGCAACAGUCACACAAGCACAGUCAGGCCUCAGUGCUGCUUCUUUCUGUAGUCACACUGUUUGUUGCUUCACAACAAAAUGUGACCGUGUGUGCUUGAACUGAUGCAGUCACAUGUUGGUACUUAUCAGUACUUUGUUGACCAGCUAGUAGCAGUCCUACAGUCUGAUUUAUCUUUGGUUUAAAAAAAAACACCACAAAUGUGACUGAUAAGCAGAUACUUCUGUUUGAUCUUCCUCAGCCAACUGUUGGUGUACUAAUUAUUCAGUGAUGAUGAAUUUGUUUUAACCUCUAAGCUAUUUAUAAGAGAACCGAUCAUAUUUAUAGAUAUUUUAUUCAAAAGAAAAGUGAAUCUCCAGAUUUAUUAUUUAUUUUGUUAACAUAUCCUGUGUCUGCCGUCAUGGUCUGUCAGCCCAGAAAAAAUCCAAAACAUCUUUGCUUGAUUGUCACAAACUCUGAACCGAGGACGUGUUUAUCUGAAGGUUUGCAAACCUUCCAUGUGAAUGUUGACAGAGUUCUGAGCAGACUGUAAUCUGAUUUAUCUGUUUGCAUGGUUUUCAUUAGAGUUCCUUGAAUGUUUUUGAAGUGAAUCCUUUUUCUAAGGGAGGUGGGAGUAGGGGCAGGUCUGUCUCAAGCUUUAUCCUUUCCUCUUGUGUUUUCAAUGACAGUCAAACUAAAGAUCAAACUUCUAGCUUAAAACUUCCUUUGAAAAGCCCAGCAGAAGUUUUUUAUUAUUUUUGCUACUUUUUUCUUGAUGGAACUGCUGGAACCUGUUUUAAACAGCAUUAUUUUGUUUGCAAAGUUAUUUAAAACACCUGGCUCUUCUUUAGCUGAAUUUCGUGUUAACCUACUUUACUUAUGGCCCCAGCUGAAACUCCGUGAUAGUGUUAAAUGUAGUUUAACAGUUUCAGUAGUCUUUUAGCUGAAAAUUAUCUCAGAAAACUUUGAUUUGAAUGCUUUGGCAGAAAUAAUACAUUUGCAAUGUUUCCUGCAGAGCUGGAAGACGAGAAGGUGAAGUAUGAUGUCUUGCAUUUAGACCCUUAAUGUAUUUUGUACUGUAUAUAUCUACCUCAAAAAAGAUUUAUCAGGCUUAACCAAUAUUUAUGUUGUGCGUACACUGUAAUGACUGUUGCUAGUCUUUCUGUUGUAUUUAUUUAAGUAGAGAUAUGAUGGCUGUAACUCAGGGCUUUGGUUAAAUUUUAUUAAGUACAAACUCAAAAGUUUUUCUACUGUAUUUGCUGUUAGCUCUUGCCUCUUGAAAAAGGACAAAGGCAUGCCAAGAGUUAAGAGUGUUAGCGGAGGGAGAAGAAAUGGAAAAUAGCUUUAGUAUUAUCAGAGAAGUGUGUAUGUAUUGAAUGUUUUUGUAAGUGUGACCUGCCUGAAGACACUAAUGUCUUUACAGAGCAGUGCUAGGUGUAACCAUCUCUGUGUGAGGAACCUGACAGUCAAAAUCAUGAGUUGGGCAAGUGGCAGAUACAGUUGCCUACAACAGGUAAUCUUCCAUGGACGCUCGGGGCAGUGUUAAUGCUGAUGUUUAGGACUGGCUUUAGGUUAGUCCUAAACAAUCCUAAGCAAUAGGAACUACCUUUCUUCUAUUACAUGUUAUAGCCUGUAACAAAGCUACCCAUAUAACAGACUUGUCUUUCUCACACAGUACCACUGCAUGCCAGGUUCCCACACACUUUACGAAACAGAGGACAUCUAGACUUGGACUUUGAGCUGUAAGCUGUUUUCCAGCAUUAUAAAAACAGAAAAGUGAGCUGGGCAGGAAGGGAGGAUCAAGGAAGUAGGGCAGUAGUUUGCAUCUAGUGCUCACACUGAAGGUGUGACAGUGUUUAGCCAGGUUUCAGGAAGCAGAGUGGAGCAGGUCUGGCAGGGGAGUGACAGCAGCCACAGUUUGUACAGAGGAACUCAGCUGACAGUCUAGCCUCUGAGCAGGCUGCAGCUGGGUAGAGUAUGGAGCAGCUGAUAGCCUACAAGAUCAUGUAUGUAUGAGCUUGAGGAAAAUAAAGAUGGGCAUGAAUGCAGGAGAAGGCUGGGGGUUCCUUGCUCUUGAUGGAGACCUCUGUAUGUUGAAUACAGUGAUUUUCUUGCUUCUAUUUUCCCCAAGCAGUAGGGUUUGCUUUUAAACAGUUUAGGUGGAGAACUCCCCCAGAAGAAUUUUUCUGAGGACUUAGCCGUUCUAUGGUUAAGCUGGAGUGCUGGGAGAGGAAAAGCCAGGAAACUAGCACCCGCUUGAGGCAAAGUGCAUACUUGAAUUGCAUAUUCUUGAGUAAUUACUUGUAAGGUUUGUCAUUACAUAUUCAGGUUACUUAAACAUUGGUUUAAGACUGUCACUUCUCUUCUUAAUGUGCAUUCACUGAAUGCUGAGCACAUUGGUGUUGUAUGCCCAUCCUCCUGGUACUGAUCACUGCCAUUUGCAAUAGGGCAUACCUGAGGCACGGGAGACCACUGUAUCCCUGAUGGGAAGCAGUAGGGAGAAAGUUGUUAGGAAGCAUAUGUAAGUUUCUAGCACCUUAUUGUGAGCUUAUAGUAGGUGAACACAAAGAGGUAUUAUUACUAGAUUUUGCAGACUGACAAUCUCUCAGUUCCUUAUUCGGGAACUACUGUUGUAAUACUUGACAGCUGUGGAGCUGGGAGUUAUAAUGUUGUUUGGGGUUUCUUGAGAACAAAGGACAGAUUACUGCUGUCCAAUUUUAUCUCAAGAACUGAAGGAAUACCAGCUUGCAUAUGCUUUGUGAUGGUGAGAAUCCCACUGGCGACACUGCUGGCAAGGCAAGUUUCAGGAAUGCUGUGGUCAGUGAGAGAUGUCAGACUGCGAGUCAUCAGAGCAGAAAUGCUGGCUGCAUUCUGUUGGCCCCUAGUCUGUUGAACAGACUCUUCAAAGAAGAAAGGAAUAAUGGGAAAAUGAUAUCUUGGCUCCUAACACAUUGUUUCCUGCUGUGUUGGUACUGAGUUAGUAUGCUGGAGUUUAGAAUGUACCUGUGUUGUAAAGCUCAAGAAGCACUUUUGAGCAGGGAUUUUGGCUCAUACAGAAGUAGGGCAUCUGUCAAGAUGCUCAUCUAUUGCUCUCAUCUGGCUAAGCCUUUGGAAAUACUUUUUGUGUACCUGUAUCAAGUGUCAGAGUUCAUUGCUGUAUCAUCUAGCAGACCAGGCUUUGGGACUUGUAUAGAUAAAUAGUGACAUGACCAUUUUGGUUUAAAAUCAGGUUAUCCAUGGAAGUCUGACAGAGCAUAUGUAACUUGAGAUUUACUUGAGUAUAUACUAUUUAUUACAAAGUCCCUGUGCAGUUAUAGCAAGACUUUCAUCUAGACUUGAGCAUAUUGUUACCAACCUCUAAUAAGCAAAUUCUUUGGUCAGAGGACCACUGUUUGGGGAAAACUUGAAGCAGAUUGUCAGUACUUGUUUAAGGACAGAGAAAUUGUCUAAUGUGAGGAACUUCAUUCCAUAUUCAGAUUAGCUCAAGAUGUAGUCUUUCCAUCAGUGGAAGAGGUUGUUUUUUUUUCAUUUUCUGUGACUGACAAAUUAUUACUCCAGCUUUGUUUUUUGACUCAACAUGUGAGUAGAAGAGCCAGAGCAUAUGCUGAAGAGCAAAUAAAUUUUAUACUAAAGAUACGUAUGUUGGGCUAACUGUGGUAAGAGUAUAGUGAUUCUUAGUCCCACCUUUCAAUGAAUCCUGUUAGCUGUUUUGUUUACGUUGUUAAAUCAGUCUGGUUUAUGUUUAAAGAAAAAAUCUGUCCCACCGAUUCAAUGUGUCUGUCUUGAAAUGUGUGUACUUCUGUAAACAUGUUUCUCUAAGUCUUAUCACAUAAACAAGCUUUGACUUUUAAUUGUAGGGAUGGCAAUAGGAAUGUCAACUUCAGAACUGUUUCCUGAAUCUGAUUAUAUUUUAUAUUCCUGAAUAUUUAUGUAUUGUGUUGUUUAUUAAAACUGUACUUCACUUACCCUUUGUUAGACUUAUAACUUUUUCCAUAUCUCACUUAAAUUGAACUGCAAUGUAUUCUUAAUUCUGAAAAAAGUAUUGAACAGUACAUCUUAUAUAAAAAUAACUUUAAUCCUUUGAUUUUUCUCAAUGUCAGAUGUGUUUUGCAGUUGGAAUUUUUGUGCUAUUGAUACUGUGAAGUGGGGCAAAUGGAGCCAGGUAAAGAGGAGUUGCCAACACUUUUUUGGUUUGUGCAGUUUCUCUUCUUUCCUUUGGCAGUUAGCGCUUUACCAAUCUGUCUAAUUCAGUUUGUGAAACUAGGAUGCUUCAUCUGAACUGCAGACAGACUUGGAAUUCUCAUCUGUUUCUGCUUUAUUAUACACCUAAUAUCAUUGUUUUUUAAUCCUGAUAAUAAAAGUACAAC